AUGUCCGACGAUCAGAAUUUCAAAGAUGUAAUAGUCAAAGAAAAACUUAAUCCUCCUUCGAGUUUUUUAUUUCCAUUUACUCCAUAUGGUAUUCAACAUGAUUUCAUGACUACACUUUAUUCUGCUUUGGAAAAUAAGAAACUAGGCAUUUUUGAGAGCCCCACUGGAACUGUAAGUUAACAAAUUAGAUUACCUAUGUUAUGUUUUAUUAAUGUUACAUGUUGGUAAUAAAUACAUUUUUUUUAAUGUGAAUGUUUUGUAAACAUUUUAAUUUUAUUUUUUAACAGGGUAAAACACUAAGUAUUAUUUGUGGAGCUGUACGUUGGUUAUUUGAUCAUGAAAAAAGAGAAUUGAGGCAACUUCAAUUAACCUUGGAUUUUCUGGCUAAGAAAAAAGAGGAGUUAUCUAAUGAUGAUGAUUGGAUUGUUGGACAAGCCAAGUUAUUAGAACAACAACAUAAAGUCAAUGAGAUAAAUUUAAUGAUUAAAGCAUUGGAAGAAUUUAAUGUUAAUAUUGAACAAAUAAAAAAGGUACCUAUUAUAUAUUUGGCAUAAUUCUAGUUUAGCCGGGAAUUAAGUAUACUAGUGAGUUUUAAACAUUUUUUUUUUUUAAAAUAAUUGUUUUUAAUACUUCAUUUAUUGGUGUAAUCAAAACUUAUCUAUUAAUUGUACUUACUUUUAGAGUCUUUGUACAUAAACUUUAAAAAUAGUAUUUUUGGACUAUCACGUAAUACAUGGUUUAAAUGAUUGCGAAUGUAAUUUUUGCAAAACAAAUCGAGGGAUAUUUUCAUUAAAAUCUUUGUUUUUUCCUACUAAUAUGGUUUUGCACAUCAAAUCAAAAGAGACAAAGGAUGAUUUUUUUAAAUAAAAUGUUUUUAAUUAAAAUUUGCUGUUUUUAUUUUAGAGGGGCAAUAAUUACAACGCUUUUAACAUCUGUAACUCUAAAACUAAGUCAGAUAGACUUAUUGUGACUUCAAUAAAUAAACUUUGUUAUUUAAAACUACAUUUAAUUAAACAGAAAAAAAUUAAAAUGUGAAUUUUUGAUUAUUUCUAAAAAUGCUCUAUUUAAGGUUUAUAUAAAAAAAAUUCUAAAACUAAGUAUGAUAGGUAAGUUUUGAUUAUACCAAUGAAUCAAGCAUUAAAAACCAUGUUUUGAAAUAUUUUUUCUAAAAAAUAUUUAUUUCAAACUAAAAAUAUGUCUAAUGAAAAAAAUUUAACAUUUUGAAGCUUUCACUAAUAACUUCCAAAGAAAGCUCGUUUGGCCUUUUUUUUUUUACAUUCUUAAUGUAACGCAAAAACAUAAUUAAAAAAAAAAAAAAUCAAAAUAAUCACUAGUAUAUUAAACUAGAAUAGGUCCAAAUAUUUUACUUUUGAACCAAAUUUUGAAUUUUAAAAAGAUUAAUCAUAUUUUAGAAGAUGGAGUUUAAAAAAACUAAUGUUAAAAAUUCAUUAGAAGUUAAUUGUUCAAAUCAAAAAGACUAUACUGCAUUAAAUAAAAUUGACAACAAAGAUUUCUUUGAUGAAGAAACUGAAUUGUUACUUGAAGAAUAUAAUGAAUGUUCUUUGAAAGAUGUUGAUAUUAAUGAAUCAUCUGAUGAAAAAAUUCAAUAUGAAGGGGUUAAAGUAAAUAUUAAUAUUUAAUAUUCAUUUUAAAAACUGUAUUAUAUUAUUAAUUAUAGCUUCAUUAUGUUUUAGGAAAAAAAUAUCUAAUAUUGUAUUAUGAGGCAUUUUUUUAAGUUUUAUUUCAUUUUGUGAUUGCUAAUUUAUCUCUGAGGUCGUUGAGAUGAGUUGUUAAUAAAUGUUUAAUUUGUUGAUUUUUAGAUUUAUUUUUGUAGUCGGACUCAUUCUCAAUUAUCACAGUUUGUGGCUGAAAUUAAAAAAAGCCCUUAUUCAACGACUCGUAUCACGUCUUUAGCUUCACGUCAAAAUUAUUGCAUAAAUAAAACUGUUAAAAAUUUGAAAAAUAUAACAUUAAUCAAUGAAAGGUAAUAUUUAAAUUUCUAAAUUCAAUAAAUGAAUAUUGCUUAAAAAAAAAAAAAAAUAAAUAAAUAGGUUAAAAUUAUAAUAUUUUAUUCCUUUUAUUUCUUCUGGGCGCAAGAUUUAUAAAAUUGUUCACAGAUGCCUAGAAAUGGGAAAAUCAAAAGUAAAAGAAAUGCCUACUAAAGUAUUGUCUUCAACUGGACUGACAGUAAAGAAAAAAAAAACUCAAUCUGUAUGCAAAUGUGUGUAUAACGAUAAAGAAAAAAUUCAAUUAUUUGCUCAAGAAGUAGUUACUGAAGUUAGAGAUGUGGAGCAAUUAAUUAAUAGAGGAGAGCAAUUAUCAACUUGUCCAUAUUUUGCAAGUAGAGAAUCUAUAAAAUAUUCUCAGGUAAUACAUUAUAAAGUAUUAGUAUGUAUUUAUUAUUUUGUUUAUUUACCUUGUUAAUGUAUCAUAAUUUAUAAUAUUAUGUAGAUUGUGGUUUUGCCAUAUAACACAUUAUUGCAUAAACAUACUAGAGAAGCAAAUGGUAUUCACUUAGAGGGGAAUAUAUUUAUUAUUGAUGAAGCUCAUAAUCUAUUAGAUACAAUUAGUCAUAUACACAGCUCUCAAAUAAAUGGACAACAGGUAAAAAAAAAAAAAAUUAGGAUCAUUAUUAUCAUUUUUUCACAUAGAAUGUAAUUGGUAGUUUUGAGUAGUUAUUGAAUUUCUAUUUUUUUUUUUUUUUUUAAAUAUAUUAAUAUUUCAGUUAACUCACAGCUAUUCUCAACUGAUACAGUAUAAAAAUCAAUAUGAAUUAAGGUUUACAGCUAGCAAUUUACUGUAUUUAAAUCAAUUGAUUUAUGUUAUCGGGAAGCUCAUUUUUAUGCUUGGUAAUGAAUAUACCCAAAGAAAUCUUUUUUUAUAUUUGUAUUUCAAUUUAUUAUAUUAUAGGUGGUACUCCUGGUGAAAGUCAUGUAGAAGCUUGUCAAAAAGACAUGCAUGAUGAAAAAGUAUACACACUUGAAGAUUUUGUACAUGAAGCUGAAAUCGAUCAUUUAAAUAUGUUCACAUUGGUUGAUUUUAUUAAAAAUAGUAAAAUAUGUCAAAAAGUAAUACGAGUUUUUAACUACGCCUUUUCAAUAAUGUAUUAAUAUCUACAAUGAGUUAUUUUUUUAGAUUCGAGGUUAUUCCGAAAAAUAUAUGCCUUCAGUAACAUUACAUCCAUCUAAACCUAAAAUAAGCAAUCUGCAAGCUUUCCUCAAAGAUAUUAAAUCAAAAAACAAUAACAAAAGUGCUAAGACUAAAGAAGGUUUGCAAAAAUAAAAAUUAAAGAAUAAUGAGUUAAAAUAAUUUAAUAUUUAGUUUUUAAAAUUAUACUAAUGUACUUUUAAUAAUAUUAUUAAUAUAAGAUAAAAGUAAGCAGCCGGAGUCACAAACUACAGAAAUUAUUAGCAGUAAUCCUCUUAUACCAGUAACGGAGUUUAUAGAAUCACUAAUGAAUCACUGCGAAGAUGGGCGAAUUGUUUGUACUAGACAAUCAUUUGUUAGCAAAGGAAAGUUAAAAUUUUUGCUCUUGAAUCCAGCAGUUUAUUUUAAAGAAAUAGUAGAAAAAGCCAGGUUAAAAAGACUUUAUUUCAGCAAAAUUAUGAAACUUACAUAUUAUUAUCAAAUAUUAUUUUGUUAAUAUUUGUAUGAUGUAUUUAAAUUUGAAAUAUCUAUAACUAAAAAACAAUUCUCACUGUUAGGUCGGUUAUUGUGUCUGGUGGUACUAUGGAGCCUAUAUCUGAAUUCAAAGAUCAGUUAUUUAAUUCAAAUGGUAAUAACUCUGAUAGAAUUGUGCAUUUCAGCUGCGGUCAUGUAGUACCUUCUGAUCAUAUACUACCAAUGAUUGUACGAUCUGGUCCAAAUGAAAAGCUAUUUGAUUUUUCUUACCAAGAGAGAAGCACAAUUACAAUGGUACCUAUAUUAAUUUUUUAAGCCAAAGUUCAAUGUUUAAUGAGUUAUUGAAUAAAAUUUAAAAGUGAAAUUGUUUUGCAGCUUAAAGAAAUUGGUUCAUUUCUUGAAAAUAUUUGUCGAAUAGUGCCUGCCGGAAUUGUGUGUUUUUUCCCAUCUUAUGAAUACGAACAGUUGGUUUAUCAACAUUUAGAGACAAAUAAAAACAUUGAUAGAAUAUUACAAAAAAAAAAAGUAAAUUUAUAUUAUAAAUAAGAAGAUUUGUUAUUAUUUUAAAUUAAAAAAAAAAAAAAAAAUGUUUUAAAAAUGUUUAAUUAAAGGUAUUUAGAGAACCAAAAACCACUAAUCAAGUUGAUGAAAUUUUAAAAAACUAUGCACAAGCUAUUACAGAAUCUAAAUCAAGUUCUAAAAUUACAGGGGCUUUGUUAUUCAGUGUUAUUGGUAAUUUAAUUUUAAACAUUAAAAGUUUGAUUAACAAUGCAUUUUUUCUUAAUACUCAUUUGUUACAUUGCCAUAGGUGGUAAGCUAAGUGAAGGUUUGAAUUUUAGUGAUGAUUUAGGACGGUGUAUCAUUGUAAUUGGUCUUCCAUAUCCAAACAUUAAGUCAGCCGAGCUACAAGAGAAAAUGAAGUAUUUGGACUAUCAAAUGGUAUGUGUAUUAAAUAUUAAUAUUAAUUAAUGCUAGUCUUAAAUUUAUUUACUUUUGAUUAGGGUCAUGGUAUGGGUCAAAAAUAUUAUGAAAAUUUAUGCAUGAAAGCAGUUAAUCAGUCAAUUGGCCGAUCAGUACGUCAUCAGCAAGAUUAUGCAGCAGUAUUAUUAUUAGAUUAUCGAUAUCAAAGAGAAAAUGUUAAAAAUUCUCUUUCUAAAUGGCUGCAACCGUCAUUAAAAAUCCACCCCAAGUUUGGAUCUGCAUAUCACCAAUUACAUAAGGUAUAAAAAUGGUAUAAAUAUAAUUCAAAAAAUAAUUAUUUUUGAUAAUUUUUAUGAAUAAUAUCAUAAUUCAAUAUAAUAUAUUGCAUUUUUAUCAAUAUAGUAUAAUGUAAUACAAAUGAUACAAAUCUAAUUAUGUACCAAAAAAAAAAAAAAAAAAUUAUAAUAAUUAGAGUAGUGCUACUUUUUCAUUACCUUUAACUAAAUAAUCUAUACUGUUUGUCAAUAUUUGGUUACCUAUUUGAAAGUUAUAUAAUUUAGUUUUCUUUUUUUUUUCAGUUUUUUGUCAUGAAAAAAAAAAUGUAA